AGUAUAAAUAUAUGUGAAAUCCAGCUUGAAAUUUACCACUUGAGACACACAGAAGCAGACAGUUAUCUUCUCCGUUAACCUCAGCAGACCUUGUGACAAUGCCUGGAGCCUGGAGUGAGACAAAGGACGCCACUGAGGAAAUUCAGAAGAUUUGUGAUCAGGUGAAGGGGCCAGUGGAGGCUGUCACAGAUCGGAAGUAUACAGUCUACAGAGCAGUCAAAUACAGGAGUCAGGUUGUGGCUGGAGAGAACUUCCUCAUCAAGGUUGAUGUUGGAGAGGACUAUGAUCAUCUGAGCGUACAUCACAAACUUCCAUGUGAUGGAGGAGAGGUUGUGCUGCGCGGUGUCGAGCAGCACAGAGCCAAAGACGCCCCGCUCGUACCUUUCACCAACUGAUCACACAACCUGUUUCAACAGUUAAACACUUAUAGGCUGCAGUCUCAUGUUAAAAUGCUCUGCUUCUUUAUUCUGAAAUGAUUUGACUUUGAUUUGGUGUUGGAGAGCACCAAGUUGAAUGCACUACAUUCUAAAGAAAACAUAAAGAUUAAAGCAUUAAAAAAAUUAUAA